AUGUCGCCUCCUUAUACUCUGGCUGAAGGUUGCCCGCAGCCCACUAACUCGACGAACCUGCAGAUUCGGAGUGGUUCCUCGAAUGGUGGACAGUCUCUACUUUCAGAUGUCCAGCUCAUCGAGACUCUUGCGCAUUUCUCACGGGAGAGAAUACCCGAGCGUGCAUACGGUGAAUUCGAGGUCACCGAUGACUGCUCUGAUAUCACUUCCGCGAGCUUUCUGAACAAGGUCGGAAAGAAAACCCGGUGCCUACUCCGGGUUUCGACAGUCGGCCCUGAACGGGGAUCCGCAGACACAUCGCGCGAUGUUCACGGUUGGGCGAUGAAGCUAUACACUGAUGAGGGUAACCUUGAUUGGGUCUUUAACAACACACCUGUGUUCUUCAUCCGAGACCCUGUCAAGUUCCCGUCGCUCAACAGAUCGCACAAGAGACACCCCGCCACCAACACGCCUGACGCAGAUAUGUUCUGGGACUUCCACGUUGGAAACCAGGAGAGCAUCCACGAGCUCAUUCACUUAUUCAGUGACCGUGGGACUCCAGAAUCUAUCCGAAAGAUGAACGCCUACAGUGGACACACCUACAAAUUCACCAAGGAGGACGGUUCCUUCAGAUACAUCAAAGUCCACAUCAAGAGCCAGCUAGGUGUCCAUAACCUCGAUCGCCAAACGGCUACGCGGUUGGCCGGGGAGAACCCGGACUAUCUCGUCGAAGACCUCUACGAUGCGAUUGACAGGGGCAAUCUCCCCAAGUGGGACGUAUUUGUCCAGGUCAUGAACCCCAAAGACGCAGAGAGCUACAGAUGGAAUAUUUUUGACAUGACCAAAGUGUGGCCACACAGCGACGUGCCUCUCAGGCGCAUUGGACGAUUGACGCUGAACGAGAACCAGCCGAAGAAUUACUUCACCGACAUUGAGCAGGCCGCCUUCUCCCCUGGAACCAUGGUUCCAGGCUGGGCGGCUUCCGCCGAUCCCGUGCUCCAGGCUCGUAUGUUUGCCUACGGCGAUGCUGCCCGUUACCGUCUGGGUACGAACUACCAGAUGCUGCCGACCAACCACGCCAAAUCACCAGUCUACUGUCCGUUUCAGCGAGACGGCCUCAUGAACUUCGGAACCAACUACGGUGAUGAGCCCAGCUAUGUCGGGUCCAUGCUGAAGCCCACCUCUUUCAAGGUUGACAGUGCGGGAAACCGCGUGGCCUCGACCUUCACAGACCAUGAAGAGUGGGCGGGCUACAUCACCAGCUAUGUGAGUGAGGUCGGUCCGGAAGACUUCCAGCAGGCAACCGCUCUCUGGCAUGUGUUGGCGAAGAAUCCCGGGGAGCAGGACCGGUUCGUGGACAAUCUUUCGUCGCACGUAGCUGGAGUCAAGGAUGACAGGCUCCGUGGCAUGGUCUACGGUAUGCUCCGUAUCCCCAGCUCCUUGUCCAAGACACGAUGGAGAGUUGCUGAC